AUGGAAGGAGUUCCAAAACAAUCGGCACCUACAGCUCAGCGAUCUAUGGGACCUUCGAACCCUGAGGCCUGUCUGCUUGGCCUUCCACGAGAGCUUCGAGACCUCAUACUUGAAUACAUUCUCCUCAAGCCUACCAACACAAUUACUAUGCUCAUGAACUUCGGCUGCUACGCCAACGAGGUAUCGGCUCGCCCACCUGAGAUAUGCGCAGUCAAUCGGCAAUUACGCGCCGAGGCUCUGCCCGCGUUCUACUCGGGUAAUACCUUCACCGCUCAACUAGACAACGAGGAAGACCUCGAAACCGCGAAGGACUGGCUGUCAGCGAUCGGAGACGCGAAUGUACAGCACCUCCGACGCUUGGCUUUAUGCGGCUGGACUCGAGAGCCGUGCGGCCAGCAGAUGCUGUCUCGGCGAUGGGUCAAAGUCGUCUUUGAUCUGAAGGAGGGCGCACUGGAGGUCGAAGGCAAGGAUGGAGGGCGUUGGGGGCGUCAGUCGGAUGGAUAUCAUCAGAAGCGCCCAGAAUCUAAGGCGAUCGAGGGGUUGAAGGUGGCGUUCCGGCGACUCUUCGAUAUUUUCGACGGGCAGCCGUUUGAUGGCGAUACCGUCGGUGACCUCAUGGAUGGAUUCAAUCGGCUCUGUACCGGCUAUUAA